CAGAGCUCGGGGAGUCGGCGCCAUGACCCCAUCAAGGCUUCACGGGUUCCUUUGCAGGGUCUCGGGCACCGCAUGGAGAACGGCAAGAUCACCGCUUUUGCGUCAUUCUCUGAGGAAAACAAGUUCUUCUCAAGGAGGAAAGUCUGAACUUGUCAAACAGUCCCUUAAGAAGCCAAAGUUACCAGAAGGUCGUUUUGAUGCACCAGAGGGUACCCACUUAGAGAAAGAACCACUGGAAAAAUUUCCAGAUGAUGUUAAUCCAGUGACCAAAGAAAAAGGUGGACCCAGGGGCCCAGAACCUACCCGAUAUGGAGAUUGGGAACGAAAAGGGCGCUGUAUUGAUUUUUAAGUCACAUACUCUUUAACCUCAGUAUUGUUUUCUGAAUACGGACAUCUGAAUUAACUUAUUUCUGAUUAUUUUAUUUCUUUAUGUCCUUCAUGUUAUAUAGUUUCCAUAAUGUGUUUAAAUGUAUAUACAAUGACUUUGGAAGAAAA